CACACACAGGCANACACACACACACACACAUAGAUAGGCAGGCUGGCUGCCACACGAAGAUCAAAAGUGGACGAAGGGAUCAUCGCCAAGGUUGGGAAGGCUUCCAUCCAUAAUCAAGGUCCCAACUGAGGAGAAUCUGUUGGGCAGGCAUCCGCCUCGAUCCCUACGAAGCGGGCAAAAUUUGCUCCCAUCACCCGCCGCAUCAUGACUCGUGUGGGAGCUCUUUGGAUCGGGGGCUUAGAGCCCUACAUGGACGAGGCCUUUCUAACCAAUGCCGUGAUGCAGAUGGGGCAAGAUGGAGUGGUCUCAAUCAAAGUCAUGACCAACAAAUUCACGGGCGACCCAGCUGGAUAUGGAUUUAUUAAUUUUGAUAGUGACCAAAAGGCUAUUUACGUGAUGCAUCGCCUAGGUGGCAAGGUCAUUCCCAAUAGUGAUCCUCCGGUGAGAUUCAAGCUGAACCAUAACAGCACUCGUUUGGCUCCGGGUGAACCUGACACUUCCAUUUGGGUGGGCGAUCUCACGCCUGAGGUCGAUGAUUUCAUUCUGUAUCAGUUCUUCACACAACGCUAUCAAACGGUGCGUUGCGCUAAAGUGGUUUUGGAUGACACGGGCCUGAGUAAAGGCUACGGAUUCGUCCGAUUUGGCGUUGAAUUGGAGCAACAGCAUGCGCUCAAUCACAUGUCCGGUGAACUAGGACUCGGUUCCAAGCCAAUCAAAGUGAGUUUGGCUAAUCAGAAGAACCGUAACGGUGGUGGCGGUGGGGGAGGGCUCGGAGGGGGUAGCAGUGUAGGCGGCAACGGUUUUGGAGCCAAUGGGUCAAGUGGAGGACGUCCUGGAUCCGGUGGGUCAGCCUUGGGCUGGGGCGUGGAUCAUGGCACGAUUGGUGGAGGGAACGGACCGGAAAGUUGGUCCACGCCCACGGCAUCUCCAGCUGCUGCUGCUUGGCCCACGGCGACAGGCCCUCCCGGUUCGAAUCCCCUUGCCCCUGCCCCACAUCCAGACCAGUACAGUGCCUAUCAACAAUACUACACACAAUAUGCCCAGUACUCCCAACAGCAACAGUAUGCGGCUGCUUGGACAGCCUGGCAGCAACAACAACAGCAACAACAACAGCAACAAUGAGCAGGAUGACAUAAUCUUUCAGUUAUCUUAGUCAUCAUUGUGGACACAUCCUUCACCCUACGCCAGCUCCCUUCUCUCCCCGCCUUCCCCGUCCUCUAAAUCCACCACCAUCCUCAUCUCAACACCAGCACCCUCCCCAUGCUUGUCCGCUUGAUCCAUGAUCAAAGCAACAAUUAUGGGGCCUGUUAUUGCGUCAUGGACAGAUUGACCCAGCUAUUCUGUAGCUGAUCCGACAUCGGUGCAUUUGCAAUGAUUAGUGAUUUCAAGCAAAUUUUUACGCCACCGUCAAUAAUAAUUUAAGAAAUAUUAACAUCAUCAUCAUCAUCAACAACAACAACAACAACACCUUGCAACAUCAUUCCUUCAGACGCAACCCUAUGAAGAUUAUGUUUUUAUCCUUUGUUUAUUUUAACGUUGUUAUUCGAGAGAAAAUUUAUUUUCAAAAUUAUCAUUAGUAUUCAAGAGAGAAAAUCUUCGGUGCACGCCAGAGAGCGAAUUACAAGCGCAUCCACUUAAACGUCAUGUAGGAGGACGACUUCAACUAUGCCACCUACCUUGGGCUUUUGGCCCUCCCGCCUCUACGUACAACCAACCAACCAACCAACCAACCAACCAACCAACCAACCACCCCUUGAAAUCCAAUCCAACAUUUCCAAGUGUACCGUGCGGAUAUGAGUGCCGGUAUCGAACGACGAGACAGUGGCCUUGCCUUCUCUCUCUUAUCACAUCACCUUUAGUAACUCGAAAGUCAUGAUGGGAGACCAAGAUGUCGAUGCUGUCCCGUAUGCUCCUUGCCCAUUGCCACGAAACAAAUGAAAUUCUUUCUACAUUAGUCCGAAUUGCAAGAAGAAAGAAAGAUCAAGGCAACAUAAAUUUUAACGAAAAUAGGGCACCCUAACACCGUCGCCCAUAUUCAGACUUUUGCCCUUUUUUGGUACAUCUCUUUAAGUAGGAGCUAACAAUCGACAUGGGUAAGAAAUGUCAUUGUCUACACGGUUUAGUAUGGUUCGGAAAGAUUCGUGCCACACAUACACAUACAUACACACACCCAGAAAUUCCUUUCCUCGUUGACAUACUGCUAAAAUGAUUCUGUACCGAGAAACCACUCUUAUGUGAUGCUGCUUCUGAAUUAUAUGUAUAAUUUCGGUGAUAAGAUACUGUAAGUACAGAUGAUGACAAGGUCAAAAUAUACUCUAUAGAAUUUA